UAUCACUCGAGGUGCCGACCAUACAGCUAUGCUCCGGUUGCGAUCAGGACCAAUGGACAGAUUGUCGUAACAGGUUGAGGGUGCCAUUGGACUCGGAGCCUGAGAGCGUAGUAAGCGGUCCUUUGCUUUGGUCUUUUGCACUUUUGAUCCGCUACUUUCCGUUGAAAGGUUUGCGUGGCUUCAGGGGCGGCCCUGAUUAUGCAAAUCUGUGGUCACGAGCGCCCCCGCAAAGGUAUAAGAAGAGGCAUACAUGUCGCACAACUCCUCCAACCCAAUUGCAACUCCCAUCGCAUCAUGUCCUUCUCUACCUUCUAAUCACCUGUCUCAAAACAAACUCUCGUCAUGCUCACGCCCUCAUGGGUUCUGUCUUAUUCGUGCGAGGCCGAUAAGCUACUAUCACAUUACUUGCCGGUUUAUCUUGAGGCAUCUAUAUUUCCGCGUCACUAUUACAGACCGACUACUCUGCUGCAGGUAGCUGACGCAUGAUGCCGGCGGGUUCCGGCCACCAACGGUAUGCGGGGACGCCUCCGCAAACGCGAAGGUAUUCAGACGUUGCUGUGCACGCCGAUCAAAAUGGGGAGCUCGAGCAGCACGUCACAUCCGCGCUGUCGACGCAGCCACUCCAGGACGCGCCUACCAUCUCGAUAAACAAUUGGCCAAAUAUUCGGACCGAACCUCUGACUUGGCAACGCCAGCACAUAUCGACACCCUACUCCGCCAUACCACCGCGUUCCAUUUCUCCGCAUCGGGUGUCGAUCUCGAGCUUACCCGACACGUUGUCGCGUUCUACACCGCCAGUUCUGGGAGGAAGCUUCUGGUAGAGUCUUUCCUCUUACCCGCAUUUUCCCCGCCGUUUUUCCGUUCCCUCCUCCGACCUUCUGUCCAGCAUCAUGAUCGGAGCUCUGCGACCUCUUCCUCAACUACGAACUGUGUCCUCCUCAUGUGGAGGAGGUCGAGCGAGGCCAUGCUGAGCCUUCCGGAGCAUGUGGUAAUGAUAGCUCACUCGCGGGCAUAGGCACCGACCUAGAGUCUUCCCUCUUUCCUGCGUUCCCCCCGCCGUUUUCAUCGUUCUUCGGUGUCCCGUCACUCUCUUCUCCUCUUCUCCUGUCGGAGAAGACUCGACAGGAAAAGGUUCAGGUAUAUCGCAGCUCGUUCUCGAGCCAGUCAUAGGCUGCCAAUCAUUGGAACUAAAUCUAUGGGGGGUACCGCUCCUGUCGGAAGCCCCCGAGCCCUCGGAGUCUGUGCCCCUCUGGCCACAGCCGUCCCCCACGUAUAUGCCGCCUCCAACCUGUGAAUGACAACAGCCCAGCCUUCCUACACAAGCACUACUACAACUGCUGAUCGCGUCUUGCCAUCAGCUCAAUGGUCCGUUCGCCAACCCGCGUCCGAUACCAGCGACGUGUCGCGUAGAGGAAUCAUUCCUCGUCGCCCAUGGCCUCUCCAUACCACAGUACUCCGCCCUCGGGCUCGAACACUCCCCUCACGCAACCCCGGACCUGACUUGGAUGGUGGUCUUCGUGAUAGCCCAGACUCACCGCCUUGUGCCGCUGGAGAGGGCUUGCUGCAUCGCCAGACUCGACGGGGUCCGCGCCUCUCCACCGACUCACCUCACCAAUCACAGUCAUCAAAUCACGUCCUCUUCGCUCCCUCGCUUCUAGGUGUCCCAGUACCUUCUCGUUUCGUCUGUAUGCUCUGGCGUAUCAUCUUCCUCGCACGAGGCCGAUAAGCUACUCUCCAGGCCAAUGUUGGUCAACAUCAGCCCAGUGGACCGCACUCUCCUGGGGGUUGAAAUGGAUCACCACCUUAGGCCACGUUAAAACGCGGCCCGGAGAGGGCGUCGGUUGCAUCGGAAUCCUCACGCGCCUGCUGGAGAGAGGAGAGCCAGUCCGCGUGAUGUACCGUUGACCUGAGGUUCACCUUGUAAUAUCCACAUCUCUGCGACGCCUUCACAUCACGAGAUGAAACCGACACAGGAAGUCUGUGAUCUUCCAGAGCGCCGUCUCGCCACCGAUAGUGCGUCGCGCGACCUCCUACGAGACCAGUCCCAGGAUUCCCUUUCAUCUCGUUGAACAUAUCCUGGAAUACCUGACACAGCGAACAAAGCACACAUCGUCGCCCUAUGCCCUUUGUACCUUCCUCUCAUCCUUCCAUCUUACCCCAACGGCAGUCUCGCCCUCUCCGACUUGUACACCCCUAGCCAACUCACGUUCUUGACGCCCGCAGGUGCUUCAGAAGGCUACUACAGUGGGGUCUUCGUCCACGAUUACACGGAGCGGCGACUCCGAGUGCCUGCACAUGUCGGUGCAACCCGGCUUCGCCUUCGAUGCCACCAUUCGGAUGCCCCAGCCUUUGCAUUCCCUACAGGACAUCCCAGCCCUUCGACCACGACGCGGUGUUCCAGGCAGUUAUCGAGGUCCCCCGUCCCUAAGCAUUCGGCUAGUCCGAGAGCCAAGGGCCAGCAUCGUCGCUCCUCCCGGUCCCAGCCACGAUUCCAGUCAGCGUUCUCUCCUGGUUGGAGGCGCGAUACGCACGAUAAGCACGCGUGAAGACCGCCAAGCGAAGGGCGAGGCCGUAUAUCGUCGCACACGCCAUAUAUACACUCGUCGAUGAAACACGUGUAUAUACAUAGUUGCCUCUAACAAUGCGCUCUGUAUCUACAAUGCACUUCUUCAAGGAAGUUUGUACGACGAUAUGACUCCUGCAUGUCUUCGAAUAGUCAUCGCGAGCCGCAGUUACGGGUCUACGCGGAUUGGACUGACGAGUUGCCGCUGGUUCUAG